CGCUAUGGGCUCGAAAGGAGAUUCUCUGAUCUCGUGUUUGUCAGUGAUUUUUUCCUAGAUGGUUGCUUCUUUAAAUGGUUUGUGCAAGAACCGGAAGUCUGGUGAGGGGGAACCUGGCCGCCAAGUCUGGUCAUUCCUCUUCAAUCCACUUCGUUCGCGUAUCUCUGCUGCAUGGUGAACCGACUCCGGCUAGCAACUCUCUGCAGAUGGCUCUCCAGAAGUCAACUCUAUGCUACAACCACUGCGGACGGCUCUGCUCUCUCGUAUGGUGGCUCAUCGUUUCCGUACAGAUGACUUCGCGAUUCCUGCUAGUGCCCGAAAUGCGUGCAGCCCUCAACCCGGCAAAAGCUGAACCGUUACGGCCUUCUUUUUACCACCGGCGUACCCAACCAAAGACGUACCACGAGGAGUGCGAACUCACGACACUCGCGAACAAGUUUGGCGAGAUCCGCGGGAUGUUUUACGGAAAGGUGUGGGACGAAGAAUAUCCGGAACAGCCGCAACACCGCGUACACGAACUGUUGAAAGAGUAUGCAGGUGUAAUCUCCGAUAUGCAGGUGUGGUCGGCUAUGUCUCAUAUCCAUAUACUAGUGCGCUCGACAAGGCGCUUGAUGUGGCUAGGGAGAUCGCCCAAAAUGCACCGCUAGCAGCAACGCAAGCCAUCUCCCGUGCCCUCGAGAUCAGUCUAGAGACAGAUAUAGACUUCAAGUGUGCAUCAUACGAGUCUCCACUGAAGAUGAAUGACCACAUGGAAGCGCUGGGUGUCUUUAUGGCGAAGCGACCAUCUAUAUCCGAGGAGGGGAGGAAUGCCUCGUGGAUUGUGGGCUGUGAAUUAUAUUAGGGUUCCGACUAAGGAUUGUUCAUUGAUGAAACCACAUUUAACUUCUAUCUGCCUCGUUUCAAGGACUGAUGGACCAUUGUAGCGCGCAAGGAAUUCUAGCCCUGUCAUGUGUAGCGCGUUACAUGGGUAUUCGUUGACCA